AUGCAGCUUAAUAAACUCUUAAUUGUUCUAUGCGCUGUAAUCUGCCAAUGUAUUGCAUUCGAGGCUAAAGAUGCCCAUUUGAGCUUCCUUACUUCUAAGAGGAGGGGGAUUAUGUUUGGGAGUAUUAACGCAAAUACAGAGAAGCCAACAGAACCAAUUGUCAUUGAAAAACUCUCUGAGCAAUUGGAACUAGGAUUUGCUGUUGCAGGUACUGAUCUGCCUGUACAGGUAGGUCUUUUGGUUGGCUUGCCUGAAAAAAGACUAGAACUCCCUAUCAUGGCCACACUUACCCAGAAUCAAGAUAUGAACCUCUAUAAGGUCAAGAUCGACGUUUCAAAGAUUCCAGCAGCUAUAUUAUAUUAUUCAAGGGAGUUGAAUAAGCCAUUAGCUGUGUCAUUAAUUCUAGCCAGCCCAGGUUUGGAAAAUUUAAUUGCUCCUGUUUUUGAUAUACAACUAAGUAAUAUCAGUGCAAUUGAAUAUAAUGCACCAUCCAGGUAUGGACCAAAGCAUGAGAUCCGCCACAUUUUCAAUGCAUCACCCAAGACAGCCCCAUGGUACAUUUGCCAAGUUUUCAUUCUGGCUACUAUAAUUUGUACAUUUUGCUUGCUUAUCUCAUGGAUGGCUUCCGGAUCUAUAAAUCUCCAGAACGUUCCAAGGGGCUCAAGUUUCUUCUACUUUGUUGCAUUUAUUGGUUCUGUCAUAGGCUUUGAAUAUAUCUUUUUGAAGUAUUAUUCUGGUAGUAGUAUAUUUGAAACCUUAUAUUCUGUAUUGUAUUUGGGUAUACCAUCGUUGUUGCUUGGCACCAAGUUCUUGAGAAACUUUGCUGAGAAACUAUAA